AUGAUUGAAAUUUUAUUAAAUCAUCGAUAUAAAGUUGCAGAAAGACAAUGGCGAAGAAGAACAUUAAAAAAAUUAGCAGAACCUAAUAAUCAACAAUCUAUAUCUUUAGAAUAUAAUAAUCAAAAAUCAGAUCCGAUAACUUUAAUUCGUAUUGUUAACUUUUUAACUUCUAUUAUCUUAACAAUUGCAUUUAAAGAUAUUCACCAAAAAAUUUUAACUUUUAUUCCAAAAGGCUGUUUUAUUGAUCCUCCAAAUAUUGUAAUUUUAGAAGCUGGUGGUAUGCCUAAUGAUGAUGAAGGAAUUUUUGAAUCCUGUGAAAUGUAUACAUUUGAAAUAUUGGAUUUAUUUGAAAAUUCUAAUCAGCCAACUCAUAAUUUAUUACAAUUUUCACCUGAGCUUAAUUUAACUGGAUAUGAUUUUUUAUUUACUGCUUAUAAUAAAGGUAAAAUUCGAAUGGAAAGCCUUUUAAAACAAGAAGUUUAUGGUACAGAAUUACAUGAUACAAGUGGAAGAAGAGGUCGUGAAGUAAAUAUUUAUACAUAUUUACAAAUACAAAAACUAUUUGUUAAAAAAUCUAAAGUUAAACAAAAAUCAUCAAAUCUUAAUCCUACACCAAUUUUUGAACCAAUUAUUGCCACAUCUAGUACAAACAAUAAUAUUAGUUCAAAUAAUUUAGCUAGUUCUCAAAUAACAAAUGCCACUAAUAGAAAAAGAAGAUCUGAAUUGCAACAAACUGAAACUCAUAUAACAAAAAAACCUCGAAGAACUGUAACUGAUUCAAAAAAAAGUAUUUUAGAAGCAUUAACUAUGAAAAUUUUAAAUUCAACUCCUACUAAUAUUGAAAUUAAUAUAACUUUGGAACAAUUAAAUGAAACAUGGGAUCGAGAAUCAGUUUUGCAAUAUGUUAGAAAUGCACGAAAAAGAAUUAAAGGAAAAAAUGCAAUACACUAA